CCGGAGAGGAGCGAAGCAAGCGCGAGCAGCAAAUGACAGGAUCCUCGCGCGGUCGACAGACAUUGUUGUGUGAAAGUGACUCUGAGGAGGAACGGAAAGUAGAAUAAUGGAGUAGGUCACAGGCAGACGCUUCCUCCUCUUCUUCUUCUGCGUUUUUAAGUCCUCCCGCUGUAGCUUCUGGUGUGUGAUGCGGUCGGCGGAGCGGAAAACAUCCAGGAUUUUUUAAAAAACGCUCUCGCGCGUGGCUGUGUCGCAGCUCAGGAUGACGACCACUGCCAUGGACACAAACAACAGCAACAACAACAACAAUACAGGGGGUGUGAUCUCCUACGUGGGUUCAUGUGGAGGCUCUCCGACUCGGACCAGUCCAGUCUCCAUGUACAGCGAGAACUCCAACUCCCAGCCCUGCUUCACCGCCUCCCCCUCCUCCUCUUCAACUCCCUCCUUCCUCAGCAGCAGCUCCAACUCGGGCUCCGCGGGAGAGGACGGCUCCUCCUCGGCCUCCUCCUCGGCAGGAGGUUCGCCUCGAGGCCGAGACGACGGAGGCUCCGUGAGGGCGUCGCCCAGCAAGUCCGUGGCCAGUCUGACCAAGCUCAACGGCAUGGUGCUGCUGUGUAAAGUCUGUGGUGACGUAGCUUCAGGUUUCCAUUAUGGAGUUCAUGCCUGUGAAGGCUGCAAGGGGUUCUUCCGCCGCAGCAUCCAGCAGAACAUCCAGUACAAGAAGUGUCUGAAGAACGAGAGCUGCACCAUCGUGAGGAUCAACAGGAACCGCUGCCAGCAGUGUCGCUUCAAGAAGUGCCUGUCUGUGGGCAUGAGCCGGGACGCGGUUCGUUUCGGUCGGAUCCCGAAGCGUGAAAAGCAGAGGAUGUUGGCUGAGAUGCAGAGCGCCAUGAACAACAUGGUGAACAACCAGCUCCAGAGCGACUUCCAACUCGCCAGCCUCUCCUCCUCCUCCUCUUCUUCCUCAUCCUCAUCCUCCUCCCCCUGCCCGGGGGUGACCAUCGCUCCCCAGCCCGAGCCUUCGGCCCCGCCACUUGCCCCAUCCUCCCCCUCCCCUCUGGCCCCGGCCUCCUCCUCCUCACCCUCUCCUCUUCCUCUUCCUCCUUCCCCCUGUCAGAGUCCCUCCCUCUCUUCCCCUCCCAGCCCAGGGUUGGACUCCACCAUCAGCGCCAUCACACGCGCUCACCGUGAGACCUUCCUGUACGCUCACGACAAGCUGGCCAAUCCCCACGCGCCACCUCAGCAGCCUCAGCAGAAUAACCACGCCCAACACCACAACGGGGAGGCGGCGCACUGGGGGCCCAACCGCUGCCCCAAUGGUUACCACACCAACGGCCUCAACACCAUCUAUCAACAUAACAACAACCUGGGGACGGGACGCUACCUGCUGCCGGACAGCAGUCAAAACCUCACAAAUCAUCACCAUGGCAACAGGAGGUGGAGCCUGCAUAACAGUAAUCUGAUUGGAGGAGAUGGGCUCAGUGAUCAUGUGACCCAGGGGCAGAACCAUCCUGUGAAGAACUGCACGGGGAUUGUGCUGGCCUGUCCAAUGAACAUGCAGCCUCACGCCAACCCCUCGAAGACCCCCCAGGAGAUCUGGGAGGACUUCUCUCUGUCCUUCACCCCCGCCGUGAGGGAGGUGGUGGAGUUUGCCAAACACAUCCCAGGAUUCAGCUGUCUGUCUCAGAACGACCAGGUCACCCUGCUGAAGGCCGGCACCUUCGAGGUGCUGAUGGUGCGCUUCGCGUCCCUGUUCAACGUGAAGGAACAGACGGUAACCUUCAUCUCUGGUGCCACCUACAGCCUGGAGGAGCUGAGGGCGAUGGGGAUGAGCGAGCUGCUGGGAGCCAUGUUUGACUUCAGCCACAAACUGGCCGCACUGGAGCUGAGCGCCCAGGAGCUGGGACUGUUCACCGCCGUGGUGCUGGUGUCCGCAGACCGGUCCGGCAUCGAGAACGUGGCGUCGGUGGAGCAGCUGCAGGAGAACCUGAUCAGAGCUCUGCGCUCGCUGGUCAGCAAGUCGCCCCCCGGCAACAACCAUCACAACGUGGACUCGCCGCGCUUCACCAAACUGCUGCUGAAGCUGCCCGACCUGCGAACGCUCAACAACAUGCACUCUGAGAAGCUGCUGUCCUUCCGCAUCGACGCCUGAUGACCUCACAGCCGACGCCACCGAUGACAUCACUUCGCUGUCCGCUCGGACUCAGAUCAGUGUCACUUCCUGUUGGUCGCUGAGGAUGCUAAACAUCACGCGGUGCUCUCCACGGCCAUGACAUCAGCUCAUUACAUCAUCGUCGACCCUGACGUCAUCGCAUCGUUAAAACCGACACGGUGAUGAUGUCAUCAACAGAACCGUUCAGCAUUCAGCUCUCCGCCAAAAUAAGAGUCUGUAGCUCGCAAAUUACAUCCUGUUGGGCCAAGUUAAAGGAACAGUUUGACAUUUUAAGAAUGCUAGCUGUGUUAGCUUGUUUUACCCAGAGAGGACAGAGGGCGUUUAGCUUAGCUUAGCACAAAGACUGGAAGCAGGGGGAAACUGUUAGCCAAGUCCCAUCAAAACAUAAAAAUUCCAUCUUCCAACAACCCCGCCUCUGACGUGUUAUAGGUCGGGUGUAGAAAAGCAACGUGAAGGAGACAUUGUGGUUUUAACAGCCUCUGUUAGCAUCACAGCUACAGAGUUCUGACUUCAUCACUAUCAAACCGAAUCCCUGCAUCUUUCACCUUUCAUAAUAAUUAAUGAUGACAAAAUGAGAAGGUUAUCAUGUGCAGUCAUGAAUGGAUUGUGAUAAACAGUAUUUAGGUGACAAAGGCAGCCGUCAGUGAUGGACCUGUGCAUGGAUGCAGGAGUUUUUAAUGUCAGGUUUGAGUGACAGGACGGACUGCUAACGAGCUCGUUAACUAAAAAUCCAACAUUUAAAUCAGACAGAUUGUUUGUUUACUCUUUAAAGGAGCUAGGCUAACAGUUCCCCCCUGCUUCCAGUCUUUGUGCUAAGCUAGUUCAAACUCACGUCCUGAAACAGGGAUGAGAACGAGGUGGGACUCGUCCCUGAUGGACUUUUCCAGGACAAAGGGAACAUCCAGAACUUCCAAGCACUUGGCUGACGUGUUGUUUGACACACAGAGAAAAGCUGGUGUGGGUUUUUAUUGUCCUACUUUCAACGUUCAGCUUCGUUUGAAUCUGUGGACACACAGAGACAGCGUCCACCAACACCAGCCAAUAGCACGAAGGAACGGCAGUGACGGACAGCUCCGCUAACCAGUGAGACGGAGGAGGCGGGGUGAUGUGUUCAAGUCUUUCUAACAAACUUUAUGCAGCUGAUCUUCUGUAUGAAAACUGUAAAAAAGACAAAUAUCCAGAACUGUUUGAAGAACCGUGUUUGACACGCAAAGAUAUAUUAUACAUCUCUAUUUUUUGUUAAUAUGAAAACAUGCCUGUGCAAAUAUUACCACUGUAUAAAAGAAAAACUGUAUGUAAGGUUUGAAACAGUGUUGAGUAUGAAAUGCAUCUAAUGGACAUGAGAUAUUCUGAUGUUUGUAUUUUAACCUGUGUUUUAUGUUGUAAAGACAUUAUAUAUAUAUAUGUGUGUGUGUGUGUAUACAUAUACACACAUCGUCUCAUUUUUCUUUCAUUUGUUUCUGAACAUUUUCA